GGUGCUGAAUCUGAAAAAAUUAUUUUCAGAAGCUGGAAAAAAUAGCGAAGUAGAAAAUUUUGUAUAUUUCGAAAAAGAUGUGUUUUUCUCGAAAAACGACACCUUUCGAGUAUUUCGUAUUUUUCGAUUGGAAGGAAGUAUUUGCUAAGGCUAAACAGUAGUUUUUCGUGAUCAGCAGCUCAAGCUCUAUCAAAUGAUGUAAAAAAACUCGAAAAAAAACUUUUUACUGAAAAUUCGCAUUGCCUGCACCUUAGAAGGAACGAUAAAUAAUGAAAGAAAUAAUAAUCAAUUAAUAACAAAUUUAUUAGUAGUUGAUACUAGUUUACGUGGAAAUGCAUAUCAAAAUGAAAUUGAAACUAUAGCUACAAGAAUAGUAAAUCCUCAAAAUAAUAAGUUUUUAAAUGUAGUUGGUUCAUAUGCCAAAGGUAUAUCAAAUCAACUAACAAAAGGUGUUAGUGGAAAUGCAUUAAAAAUAUUUACCGCUGGAAAAUGCCUUGUAGAUUUAACAACAUUUUUGACAAGAUUUUCUUAA